AUGGAGCGGUUACGUUGGCAAGUAGCGGCUGUGGCGACCGUGGGUCUCGCGCUGGCCUUGGAGGUGCUACCCUCCGUGCUACGCUGGCUGCGGGCCGGACGACAGCGACAGUGGCAGAGGCCGCUGCGGCGCGAGGUGCUCUUCUUCCCGUCGCAGGUGACCUGCACUGAGGCCCUGCUACAGGCCCCGGGCGAGGGGCCGCCGGGGCCCCUGGCGGAAUGCCGGUGCAGCCUGCCCCACUGCGAGAGCUCCCUCAGCCGCCUGCUGCGCGCCCUGUUGGCCGCCCGCGCCAGCCUGGAGCUCUGCCUCUUCGCCUUCUCCAGCCCUCAGUUGGGGCGCGCGGUGCAGCUGCUGCACCAGCGCGGGGUGCGCGUCCGGGUCAUCACCGACUGCGACUACAUGGCGCUCAACGGCUCACAGAUCGGCCUGCUCCGCAAAGCAGGCAUCCAGGUGCGGCACGACCAGGAGCUGGGCUACAUGCAUCACAAGUUUGCCAUAGUGGACAAGAAGGUGCUGAUCACGGGCUCCCUCAACUGGACCACGCAAGCCAUUCAGAACAACAGAGAAAAUGUUUUGAUUAUGGAGGAUGAGGAGUACGUGAGGGUUUUUCUGGAAGAAUUUGAGCGAAUCUGGGAAGAGUUUAAUCCUACAAAGUAUACCUUUUUCCCACAAAAGAAGAGAAGUCACUGAAGCUGUGCUCUCCUCUGUCUUCAGAGUUCGAGGGGAGAGUGGUGUUCAGUGUUACAGAACUUUUUGUCACCGCAGUCGAAACCAGACCAGUCCUGCAGAGGAUGGGACUCGGGAGGGGCCUGUGCCCACCGGUGUCAGCCUCUGCAUUGCCCGUGAGAGAAAUCUCAGCCUUAGGAAAACACUCA